AUGAACGCCAUUGAAAUCUCUUUUGGGAUUGUGUUUCUGUUACAGAUCACCCUUGGAAUCACAGUGAAUGUAUUCCUUCUCCUGCACUAUACCCAUAUGAUCUCCUCUAGCCCCAGGUUCAGCUCCUCAGACUUGAUCCUCAUCCACCUGGCCUUGGCCAACACCAUCAUUCUUCUUACCUCUGGGAUCCCAGAGGCCAUGUCAGCCUGGGGACAGAGAAAUUUCCUGAAUGAUGUUGGCUGUAAAAUCCUCAAUUAUCUGUAUCGAGUGGCCCGGGGCCUGGCUAUCUGCACCACCUGCCUCCUGAGCAUCUUCCAAGCCAUCACCAUCAGUCCUGGAACCUCCCCAUGGGCAAGAGUCAAAACCAAAUUACCCCAAUGUAUUCUCCCAUGCUGUGUCCUCUCCUGGAUGCUCAAUAUGUUAAUAGAGUUUGAUACAUUAAUGAACAUGACAGGCCCCCAAAACAGCAGUCAUGCUCAAGUCAUGUUGGAUCUGAAAUAUUGCACUAAAGUCAGUUUAGGUGCAGAAAUCAACUUGAUAAUUGUAGUUCUGUUUUCUCUCCGGGAUCUGUUCUUUGUGGGAUUCAUGAGUUUGGCCAGUGGUUACAUGGUUCUUGUCCUGUUUAGGCACCACAAGCGAGUCCAGCACCUUCAUGGACCCAGUCUCACCCACAGAGAAAUGCCUGAGGUCCGAGCAGUUAAGAGAGUCAUUGCCCUGGUGACCCUCUAUGUGCUCCUUUAUGGGCGACAGACAGUCAUGCUAAGCAUCUUAAUAAACAUGAAAGAAAAGUCUCCUCUGCUCCUGAAAUGCCAUGUGGUACUUGGAUUCACAUUCUCAGCUAUGAGUCCAUUCUUGAUGAUUCACAGUGACAGGAGGAUGAGAACAUUCUGGAAGAAGAAAUCUCCUGCCUCCAACAUGGAUACUCCAUAG